UAUGGUGACGUCAGCUGUUAUAGCUGUCAGCCUGUCACUACUCAGUAGCCAACAUGGCUGAGGAGAGAGGGGUAUGGGAAAUAGUCCGUGUAGUGUUACUCUGUGUCGCGUGGUAUUUAAUAAGUUCAGGCAACAAUGUAGUGGGAAAAACUCUGUUAAAUGAGUUCCCUUAUCCUAUGACAGUAACAAUGGUACAACUGGUGUCUAUAGCAACGUGCAGCAGUCCUGUCCUCAGGUGGAUGAAAGUGCGGCGUCGCUCAGACAUAAGUUGGAGUUAUUAUAAACGAAUAAUUAUUCCGUUAGCACUGGGAAAAUUCAUAGCGUCGGUAUUUUCGCACGUCAGUAUAUGGAGAGUGCCCGUGUCCUAUGCCCACACAGUGAAGGCCACCAUGCCAUUAUUCACUGUGGUGUUGGGUCGUGUCCUGCUGCAGGAGAAACAAACCAUAAAGGUAUACUUCUCUCUGGUGCCCAUCAUCUGCGGCGUUGCCAUUGCUACUAUCACAGAACUGUCUUUUGACAUGCUUGGCCUCAUUGCUGCCCUCAUGUCAACUUGUGGCUUCUCCCUCCAAAACAUAUUUUCAAAAAAGGUCCUAACAGACACAGGAAUCCAUCACCUGCGUCUGCUGCACCUGUUGGGCUGUCUGGCACUUUUCAUGUUCCUACCAGUUUGGGUUUUCACCGAUGGACUUAGCAUCUUCCAGGAUGAGAGUCUGCUGGUGAGACGGGAUCCAUGGGAGACUCUGACACUGCUGCUUCUUGAUGGAGGGCUCAACUGGCUACAGAACCUAGUGGCAUUCACCAUCUUGCACCACGUGACUCCUCUCACAUAUGCUGUUGCAAGUGCCACGAAACGAAUCUCCAUCAUCACUAUUUCUCUCUUGCUCUUGCGUAACCCUGUCACAAUGCCAAAUGUGGUGGGAAUGUUCAUGGCCAUUGUGGGUGUCUUGGGCUACAACAAGGCAAAGUAUGAUGCAAACCAGUCCAAGAAGAAAGCUGUAUUGGUCCCUCUGAGUCAAGUGAUCAGCACGAAGCACCUUCAUCAUUCUUUUGAGCCUCCACCUUUUCAUCCUGCAUAUGUUUUUAAUCAUCUGGAAGCAGCCAGACAAGGGCCAUAUCCAAGACUUUCAAAUGGCACUUCAUCAGUGCUUCACACUUCCCUCCAAAAUGGUCACAUCCCUGAAAUAGCAACACAAAAUAGUCACUCCAUUUUGCAUGUUUCCAAAGCUAAUAGCAGCAUAGAAACUCAAUAAGGUUGUAAUUAGAACAUUAUAAGAAAGUAUAUUUUUUUACAAAAAUAUAAUGGAAUAAAUUUUAGAUAACUCAAUGAAACUGAGCAGUAUUUUAAAGAGCACAAAUACAAGGAUCUGAUACUUGUAGUUGGAGUUAUGUAAUCACUGAUAUUUAUUGAUUGUGGUGCCUUUUCUAGUAAUAAGUGUGUUGAUACAGGAGUGUUCACUUUUAAUUACAUUUGAAAUAUUUGCCUCUAAGGACAGUUUUCUUUGAAAUAUUAUAACCCUGUGAUGCUCCAUAAGCUAUAAUCAUGACAUGAUCCUGAUUUGUUAUUUUUUGUACAUUAGGGCUGAAAUUGUAUUACAAGACAACACUGCCAAAGAACUAUAGGCAUAAGGCCCCUAGAGCUUCCAAACACAUAAUUAUUGAAUUUCUGAAAUUUUAAUUACAAUUAUAUGCAUACCAAGCUGAAAACCUCCUUAAAAAGUAGUCCUGACAGGAUAUCAUAUCUUGUUUCAUUGUACAGAGCCCUUUCAGUCAUAAUUUAUGGUGUGUUACUUCUCCAACCUGGUCAUAGAGUGUGCAAUCAAGACAUGCAUUAUUGCUGGAAAACCUGAACCUAUUACCAUUUUGUGGAUACUGAUAUUUAAAAUUACUUAUCCAAUCCCAGCAUGGAUUGCAUUCUUAAAAAUUAAUGUGGUUGGUGAAUUUGUGGCUGAAGUUAAUAUUUUACGGAAAAAUUAGUCAGGGAAGCCUUGAAAGGAUAUACAAGGGAUUAAAAAAAUAUAUAUAUAUA